AACAAAAAUAUUCAGAAAUAACAGGAAUAAUUUUGAGCUCUAGUAGGUGAAGUUAGACUAGCUUGCCAAAAAACUGCAUUGCUGAUAAUUUUUGCUGUCUGAAAGAUUUUUUGGAUAUAUUUCUUGAAAAGAUGAACUCUCAAUUGCCUAGUCCAUUCAUUUCAUGGACUCCAAGCAAUGUUGAUUCGCACAACCAUGGCUCAGAUGUUGGUGUUCCUGGAUUUGUGUUUUUGUCACAACCCAAGCUUGACUCUCCAAGGAACAGGCAUCCUCAUAUGCAAAUGCAGAGAGGCCGAUUGAGCUCACCGUUGUCUGCUGGCCCAUUACGGCAUCAACACUUCCAACAAUAUAACAGCCGUCCAAACCCCAAUUGGAGGGAGCAAAAGUUCAACAGCCAACAACACUCAAGCCCAAAUGCUCAAUUUGUUGGCCACCACAGCCCUUCUCAGAACCGUAGUUACCACAGCAACAAUUCAUCGCCCUACCACCAAAACAAUGAUUUAUGGUCUCCUUAUUGUUCACCUAAUUCUUCUUAUGGACAUGUCUCUCCAUUUCAAUCUCCUGCAAGUAGGCAAAACCAUAGGGGCCGUGGUAGAGGGCGCGAUCAAGGCAAAGGUAGAGGUCAUAAUUCAGGCCCACUGUCAGAUAUUCCCAUUGAAAAGUUUGUGUCCAGUUCCAUGUUUGAAGAUCCUUGGGCACCUUUGAUAUCAAAGCUUCCCUCAGAAAAGAAACAGCGUCUUGAAAGUUUUGAUGCAGAAUUUUCAGUAGACCAUAGUAUUCUCAAGGCAACUAGCGUUAAAGACACAUUUGAAAAAGGGCCUAGUGCACCAACUAGUGUUGCAGAAGGCACUUCUGCUGAAAGUGUUGAUAGGUUUCAGGAUUCUUGGCAAUAGAGCCCACUCUCCUAGAAUCAUCUGCUAUACUACCCAAGUUUUAUACGAUUAUGAUUAUUUUUCUCCCCUUAUUAUGUGUCAAACAUUUCGAACAAUAUGAUUCUUUAAUGAAGCCACGUGAUUCUUUUCUGAUCUUGCAGCCACAUAGCAUAAGCCAUUUAUUAUCUGGACUAGUACUUGUAGCUCUAAACUAUCUUUCUAUUAUGCUUGUAUUGGAAUAGGUAGGUCUUAUUGUACUUAUGAUAGAAAUGUCUAUUGGCGGCUGGAUUACACUCUGAAAUUUUUGAGAACCAAAGCAUUCUCACAAUGACCUGCUGUAAAGAGUAAAUUUUUAAACCAAAAACUCAUGUUCCUGGUUGAUAGAAUCCAAUUAAAGAAGUAAAACUGUG